GUAAAAACCGAUGUUUGUACUUUGUAUUUUGUAGUGCAAUGUAAUAUUUCUACCCGCCCGAACCAACCGGAAUUUAGCCGUUUUCCUUCCCCUCUCGUUCUCCCUCGUCAAAACGGCUCCUUUCACGACCGUUUUUAGUAUCUUCAUCAUGCGAUGUCAUGACUAUGAAGACCAAACUAUAUCACCAUCUCCAAUCAACCACAACAAAGAACCCUCAAUGGAACACCCUUCUAAGAGAAGCAGCAAACAAAUCCCUUUUCAACAAAGCUCUCUCUCUAUACCUCCACAUGCUCCGCUCUGGGGCAUCGCCAAACGCCUUCACUUUCCCAUUCGCUAUCAAAUCCUGUGCCGCGCUUUCUCUCCCUAUCACGGGAAAACAGCUCCAUUGUCACGUCUUUAAAACCGGGUGCUUAUUAGAACCUUUUGUACAAACCUCUUUGAUUUCUAUGUACGGUAAGUGCAGCUUGAUCGAUCAUGCACGCAAAUUGUUUGAUGAAAAUCCUCAAUCGAGAAGAUUAACCGUUUGUUACAAUUCUUUGUUAUCUGGUUAUGCAUUGAAUUCUAGAGUUAAAGAUGUGGUCGUGUUGUUUUGUGAAAUGAGGGAAUUGGGCGUGGAAAUUAAUGGGGUUACGAUGUUGGGUUUGGUUCAGCCUUGUGGGAUCCCGGGGAAUUUGGGAUUGGGGAUGUGUGUUCAUGGUUUUUGUGUGAAGUUUGGUUUGGAUAUGGAUUCAUCUGUUGGGAAUUCCUUGCUUACAAUGUAUGUGAAAAGUGGGGAAAUUGAUCGUGGAAGGAAGCUGUUUAAUGAGAUGCCGCGGAAAGGGUUGAUCACUUGGAAUGCAAUGAUUAAUGGGUAUGCGCAAAACGGAUUUGCUAACAAUGUUUUGGAACUUUAUAAGGAGAUGGAAUCGAAAGGGUUUUGUCCUGACCCUUUAACACUUGUUGGGGUUCUUUCUUCUUGUUCUCAUCUUGGUGCACUUAGUGUAGGUAAGGAGGUGGAGAGGAAAAUGGAGAGUUUUGGGUUUAGCUCGAAUCCGUUUUUGAAUAAUGCUUUGAUUAAUAUGUAUGCGAGAUGUGGUAAUUUGAAAAAGGCUAGGGAUAUAUUUGAUGGCAUGCCAGUGAAAAGUGUAGUUUCAUGGACGGCAAUCAUAGGUGGGUAUGGAAUGCAUGGACAAGGAGAGGUUGCGGUGGAGCUUUUUGAUGAGAUGAUUAGGGGUGGAAUUAAACCUGAUGGCACAGCUUUUGUAAGUGUUUUGUCUGCAUGUAGUCAUGCAGGAUUGACUAACAAAGGGUUGGAUUAUUUAGAUGUCAUGGAGAGGAAGUAUGGGUUGCGGCCUGGUGCAGAGCAUUACUCUUGUAUGGUGGAUCUUUUAGGACGUGCAGGUCGGCUCAAUGAGGCUCGGGAGCUUAUUGAGUCUAUGCAAGUGAGAGCUGAUGGUGCAUUAUGGGGGGCCCUUUUGGGUGCUUGUAAAAUCCACAGAAAUGUAGAGUUAGCAGAGUUGGCUUUUGAGCAGGUAAUUGAGCUUGAACCUACAAAUACUGGCUACUAUGUUUUGUUAUCUAAUAUAUAUACUGAGGCAGGGAAUUUGGAGGGGAUACUGAGAGUUCGGAUGUUGAUGAGGGAGCGGAAGCUCAAAAAGGAUCCAGGGUGUAGUUAUGUAGAAUUUAAAGGGAGAGUUCACCUUUUCUUUGCUGGAGAUAGAAAUCAUCCUCAAACAAAUGAAAUAUACAAAAAGUUGAAUGAGUUAGAAAAUUUGGUGAAGGACCUUGAUGGAUGUAAGAAGAAUGAUCAUGAGAGAAGAGAAGAAUAUCUUAAUAGUAUGGGUGUGCAUAGCGAAAAGUUGGCUGUUGCAUUUGCACUCUUAAACACCAGGAAAGAAACAGAGAUUAUUAUAAUAAAAAAUCUUAGGAUAUGCGGAGAUUGUCACUUGUUCAUAAAAUUGGUUAGCAAGAUUGUGGAUCGUCAAUUUGUUGUCAGAGAUGCAACCCGCUUUCACCAUUUCAAGAAUGGAUUCUGUUCUUGCAAAGAGUACUGGUAGUAGUAUUCACUUGAGGUUUUUAUAUUUGUAGAGCCAAGUCAAACACAGCAAAAACAAGGAUUUUUCUGGGCACAGGUUACAAGAACCCAACAACAAUUCUUUCUCGAUAAACCAGGACAGUGUGCAAUUAAAAAGGUCAGGGUUGGUUUGAUUCUGCAACGUUGGAUACUCAACAUUAGGUUUGCUUGUCUGGUUGUACUAUUUUCUCAAAUAUCUUUGCCUGUCAGCCACAGGCUUUAUUCUGCAAAUUAUCAUUGAUGAAAGGUUACUGGGAUUGAUUUCUUAAGACAUUAGUCUGCAUUCUGGUAACUUAUAACUAGUUAGAAGAUCAGGUCAUUCAUCAGUGAUCGCAGUUUAAUUGCUGGAACAAGGCUAGUUGCAUUAAUAGAGAAUUUCAAGUAGUUCGAAAUACUGCCCACAGGCAAGUGGCUGAGUUGGGCGUUGCUGUUAAGAAGAAGAGCGCAUGGCCCUCGACAGAAGGGAUGCGAGCCCAAACCUCGGGUGCCUUGCAACAUGCUUUCAAUCCUAGCUAACCCACGUGCUCCAAUGACGAGCUUUGGUCAGCACUAAUUCAAGUUUCUUGUAAAUUUGUAGGUCGUGCUCAAAUUUGUAAUGCUGCCAGGAUUACUGGUGACCUUGCACACGCAGGGUGGGAUGCCUACAAUCUGGGCUAACCCACUGGCUCCAAUGAGGAACUUUGAUCAGCACUAAUUCAAAUUUCUAAUGUUAUGAGUGGUGGAAGUUAAAACUGCAUUUUGUUUCUUUCUCAUUGGUCAUUCAUUGUUGAUUCCUGAUCAUAGGAAGGUUAAGAAUUCUGUAGCCUCUCUUGCUUUCAUUUAAUACUUCUUAGAUGGUCUCUGGAGCCUGGAUUUUCCACUCUUCAGCAUCAAUUGUUUGAAAAAAUUGGACGUUAGUUAAUCCAGUUCGGUGA